CCCGGUCACACCGAAUCUGUCACCGCAUUUUUUUGUCCAUUUGAAGCACCGGCUGUUGCAACUUGCAAAACGUUAAAAAUGAAUUACUACGUGUGUUUGCACCAGGACGGUGUCAGCGACAUUCCAAAGUUGAUUGAGAAGGCCAAUUCGAACAACUACAAUGUGGUGGCCAUUUCGAUCAACCCAAAUAUCUCACCAUUUGAUCCACAUGUAUCUGACCCUACCUAUCCGGCGACAAUUUUGAGUGCCACCGACUGGAACUCCAAGGUAAUAUUCAAGCUGUCCGAUGUAGAUGUCGACUCGCCAAAUGUGAAGCUGCGUGAGUACUCUAAGGAGAUUCUACUGCGCGACAUUGCCUGGGCGGAGCACCUUCAAAAUGUUGGCAGCAUGAUGGUACGGCUGCGCGGCCCGGAAAACACGAAUCUGGCCGAGAUUGUCCUGUCCAAAACAAAGGACACUUUCCCCCUAGGAAACUGGUUCAUUCAAGUGCCAAUCACCAAUCCCAAGCUAGCCACAUUCGAGCACUGCAAAGACGCCACAGAAGAAGAGAUUUCUAAGGCGGAGGCCAACGAUCCCUGGCACUGGUGGAACGAACUGCGCUUGGCCGUCAAUCAGAACUCAAAGGUGAAGGUUGUUGUUGAGCUGAACGACUCGGAUCGUCCCGACAAGGAGACAGUCCGACGCUGGCUGGGAGAGCCUAUCGAAGCCAUCAUUAUUCCAUCCUCUCUGUUCGUCCGAAACCGCGCCAACUACUGCGUGUUAAAGAAAGAGUGGCAGGUUAUCAUCGGUCAUUUCAUAUCGGUGCGGGCCAACAUAAUUAUUUCCACCAAUCCCAACGACAAAGCCUUGUCUCAGUAUGCCGAUUACCUGAAGAAGCUGAUUAACGAGAACUGUGAUACCCAUGUGCUUAACAGUUAUGAAAAUAUGCUGGAGAUACCUCUGCAGCCCCUCAGUGAAAAUUUAGAUAGUUAUACCUAUGAAGUUUUUGAAAGCGAUCCUGUGAAGUACAAGCUCUACCAAGAUGCCGUUCAGGCGGCUUUGUUGGACAGAGUUACCGAAGAAGAGGCUAAGAAGAAGUUGACCGUAGUCAUGUUGCUGGGAGGAGGACGUGGCCCCAUUGCCAGAGCUAUACUGAAUGCCGCCCAGAUUACAAAGCGCCAAGUGCGGCUGUAUAUCAUCGAGAAGAAUCCCAAUGCCAUUCGCACACUCUCUCACAUGCUCAAGACGCUGUGGACCAACAAGGAUGUGCACAUUUUCUCCAAGGACAUGAGAGAUUUCUCUCCUCCCGAAAAGGCCGACAUCCUGGUGUCUGAGCUACUGGGUUCCUUCGGCGACAAUGAACUGUCACCAGAGUGCCUUGACUGUGCACAGAAGCUUCUGAAGCCGGAUGGCAUUAGUAUACCGUACAAGUCCACUUCCUACAUCAACCCGUUGAUGUCUGUGGUGCUUCAUCAGAAUGUGUGCCAAUUGGUGAGCUCUAUACCUGCCUUCGAUUAUGGUUAUGUGGUUCUUCUGAAGAAUGUGUAUCACAUCGAUGAACCCCAAUCCUUGUUUGAGUUCACGCAUCCCAAUCGCGAGGAGACGAUUGAUAACACACGCUGCAAGGUGCUAACGUUUAAGGUGAAGAAGGACUGCGUCAUGCACGGCGUAGGUGGGUACUUCGACACCCACCUGUACAAGGACAUCUGUCUGAGCAUUAACCCAUUGACGCACACGGAUGGCAUGUUUUCCUGGUUCCCCAUGUUUUUCCCAACUUAUCCCAGAACUCUGAAAGAGGGCGACACCAUAUCAAUCAAGUUCUGGCGCCGCGUAGACCCCGAGAAAGUGUGGUACGAGUGGCAGGUGGUGAACUCUCCAGAGGAUUGGGAGCUCCACAACGAAGGUGGCACCGGCUAUAACAUGAGAUUGUAGCUGCAAAGCAAU